GACGGCAGACGCUGCGUUUACCUGCCCCCGCGGGGACCCACCCGCCCGGCACCGGGGUGGGGUGGUGGGGAGGAGGAGAUCUCCCGUUCAGGCGGGGGCCCCACCGCAGCCCGCCCGGCCCCAAAGUUUUGCGGUGAAAGUUUGUGCGUCGGCGCCUCCCGGGAGCGGCGGGCAGAGGGUGAAGAAAGUCCCCCUCCAAUCCUGCGAGAAGAUUGAGAGGCAUCAAGUUGCUGUCUUGUGAGCCCUGUUUCUGUUUAACUUCCGCAACUCCAGGUGACUUCCAUGGGACUGCUCGCUGACUUCAAGCAGUGCUUCAGGCAGUGAGAUGCCCUGCAGCUGUAGAGUGAAACUCUUGGGAAGUUCCAAACCCAUCCUUUUCAGUGCUGGAGUGUCUUCUCUGUUCUCAUUUAAAUGCUGUCAGUGUCCUGUUACAUGAAUAACACAGCUUUUGUCUGGGAGAAAACAGAAGAGGUCGAACUUUCAGGAGAAGAUGGAGGCAUGCUGAAAACUUCAGAAAAGUGAGCCAUGAGUCCUUCUGAAAGCUGAAAAGUAGUCCCCUGGUAGGGUCAUGAACCUAAGACAAGUUUUUGUGUCUGUACUGAUAUUUGGGGUAGCUGGUCUACUCCUCUUCAUGUAUCUGCAAGCUUGGAUUGAAGAACAACAUACAGACUCUGGAAAAAAUUUGCAACAACAGUUAAUUAAUCAGGAUUUCAUACUCUCACCUCCAGGGAUGACAAGGAGAGCAGCGUGGAACAGCAGUGCUCCUCCUGGCCUCAGUAAGCGAGAGAUGGCUGCCGCAGGUGGCAAGAACUGGCGGGGCAAGGCUGAUCCUUUUGGUGUGGUGGCUGCCUCCUUGGUGAGCCAGCUGUCUGACCAGCAGAAGAUGAGUGAGUCAGCUCUCAGCCACUUCAGAGGGGUAUAUUUACCUCCCACGCUGCACCCUUUAAACAAGACAUUAGUCAAAGGUGGCAAGUGGAAGGAUGUGGAUAGUGCCCAGGAAAAGCGCAGGUCCUUCCUGCAUGACUUCUGUAAGAAAUACAACAGCAGAAAGAAGCUGCAGACCCACCUCGUGCACCUGGUGUCAAGAAUUUAUGUGGAGGACAGGCACAAGGUCCUGUACUGCGAAGUGCCGAAAGCAGGCUGCUCCAAUUGGAAAAGGGUCCUCAUGGUGCUCAAUGGACUCGCCACUUCAGCACACAACAUUUCCCACGAUGAUGUGCACUAUGGAAAGCAUCUAAGGAAACUGGACAGUUAUGACCUAAAAGGGAUAUUCACACGCUUGAACACCUACACCAAAACUAUAUUUGUACGUGAUCCUAUGGAAAGACUGGUAUCUGCCUUCAGGGAUAAGUUUGAACAUCCAAACAGCUAUUACCAUCCAGUAUUUGGGAAGGCAAUAAUUAAGAAGUAUAGACAUAAUGCAAAUGAAGAGUCAUUGAAAACAGGAUCAGGAGUUAAGUUCAAGGAGUUUAUCCAGUAUUUGUUAGAUUCCCAUCGCCCAGUAGGAAUGGACAUUCAUUGGGAGCAAGUCAGUAAGCUCUGCUAUCCCUGCCUCAUCAACUAUGAUUUUAUAGGAAAGUUUGAAACCCUGGAAGAAGAUGCCAAUUACUUUUUGCAGCUGGUAGGUGCUCCAGCUGAUCUGAAGUUUCCUAAAUUCAAAGACAGACAUUCCUCUGAUGAGAGAACAAGUGCAGAAGUAGUGAGGCAAUACUUAAAGGAAUUGUCUAAGGAGGAGAGACAGCUGACCUAUGACUUCUAUUACUUGGAUUACUUAAUGUUCAAUUAUACAUCACCAAUUGUAUAGCACCAGAAUAGCUUCAGGCUUCUAUUAGAUAUUUAUCAUUUUGGGAUUCAAAACAACUGCUUUGAUAUUAGCCCUGAAAGGAAACAAAGUUACUGCUAAGUGGAGCUGUCUUGACUUAGCGGGGAUUUUGUAAGCUAAAGUAACAUCAAUUGACAUUAAACUAUAGGAGAAUGCACAAAAAAAGACCUGUAAACAGCAUAAAUUGCACUAAAAUGCCUGAAAAAGCUGCUUUUACCAUUAUGGAUUAUACUGUGGAAGCGGUAGCACAGCCAGCUGUUGCAUUAGCUCACCUAAUGUUCUUUUAAUGGUUUAAAAAAAAAAAAAAAAGCAUUCAGAGUAGCAUGAUUCUUUUUUGGUGUGUCUGCUUUAGAAAUUGGUUUUGAAACUAUUUUUGAAUGUACUUUUUACUUUCUGUCACUUAUUAAUAAAGAAGCAUUGGCUAAUUUUCUAAAAUGUUU